AUGCCACCCCUGCCAGGAUUCUCCGACAACCCUUUCCGCGAGCGCAAGGACCUGAUCGCGGCGGCCACUGCGCUGCUGCGGCCGCUGCACGCGCACUUUUCGCCUGCCCGCGCGUUUAUCCGUCUACCAACCGUGGCGACAGGCGCGCAUUUCGACGACCAUGCAGCCAUGCUCGAGGGGUUUGCCCGUCCGUUAUGGGCGGUGGCCACCUUACUUGCCACCAUCAACGACGACGACAAUGAUACAAACGAGGAUAUUCGCAAUCUGACGCAGCCGUGGAUUGAAGGGAUUUGCGCUGGCACAGACCCAGAACAUCCCGAGUACUGGGGAUGCAUUGACCGACCGGACCAACGGAUGGUGGAGGCGGAGGUGGUCUCGCUUGCCCUGCUGGUGGCUCCGGGCGCGUUCUUCCAUGCGCAAGACGCCCGCACUCAAGCGAACAUCACGGCCUGGCUGCGCAGCAUGCACGGUCAGGAGAUGCCGCUCAACAACUGGCGGUGGUUUCGGGUGUUUGCGAACCUGGCCUUGGUGCGGGUGGCAUGCGUCCCGCUCGCGGAGGUGCAGGGCGAGCUGGACGCCGACCUUGCCGUGCUGGAUUCCUUCUAUCUCGGCCAAGGGUGGUCGGCGGAUGGGCCCUGGCUGAGCGUCGAGAUGCAAGAGGCCGAAGAACGCGACAAGGUGCGUCGUCGUCGUUGUGACUUUGUCGGUGUCGGUCGUCAGGUCGACUACUACUCUGGCAGUUUCGCCAUCCAGUUCAGCCAGCUGCUUUACGUGCAUUUUGCUGGGGAUCUUGAUCCAAUCCGCGCAAUGGAGUAUCGAAGCCGGGCGCGCGACUUUGGAAGGACCUUCUGGCGGUAUUUUGACCAAGAAGGCGCUGCCAUCCCCUUUGGCCGCUCGUUAACGUACCGAUUUGCUUGCGGUGCCUUCUUCGCCGCUCUGGCUGUCGCCCAGAUCGAUGACAUGCCUGCUCCCCUAUCGACGCCCGGGGAGAUCAAGGGGUUUCUGCUGCGCCAUCUGCGCUGGUGGGCGUCGCAUUCUGACAGUAUCUUCUAUCCGGACGGAACCCUGAAUAUCGGCUAUGCGUACCCCAACAUGUACAUGAGUGAAGACUACAACUCGCCGCAGUCGGUAUACUGGGCAUUGAAGACGCUGAUUGUGAUACUUCUGACAGAGGAGGAUGUGUUCUGGACAAGCCAGGAAGCCGGGUAUCCAUUGCUUAGCUGCGAGGGGUCCGGCAAAGAUGAUGCCUCAUUCCAGUCGGUAGAAGUGGUGGCCAGUCCGCGUCAGAUCCUCUGCAACCACCCCGGCGGCGCGCAUCACUUCAUGCUCUCACCCGGCCAGUUCGUCGGGUGGCCGAUGAAAGCGUCGCAGGCGAAAUAUUGCAAGUUCGCAUACUCGUCUGCGUUUGCCUUUAGCGUGCCGACGGGCCCGUUGAUCCAGCAGAUCGCGCCCGACAGUACCCUAGCUCUCAGCAGAGACGGCGCAGAGACAUGGGCCGUCAAAUGGAAGUGCUCCGAGGUGCGCUAUUCCACUGCCCGGAUCAUCUGCAGCAGUAUGCAGGCCGUGAGCGAGACCGUCCCGGCCGCAGUUGUGGACUGGCACCCGUGGGGAGACCGAUGCGUGAGGGUGACGACGACGCUGGUUCCGCCGACGAGACGCUGGCCCGAUUGGCAUGUUCGUGUCCACAGUAUCUGCGUUGAGGAUGAUGGCGAGAGGAGUCUACAUGCCGUAGAAGGCGGAUUCGCCAUUUCGCGCGUCCCUCGGGGCCGUAAUAAUCACGGCACGUUAAAGCUGAAGAACCUGCCAGGAGAGGCUCUGAUGACCGCCGUAGUCGGGCAAACAGAGGGUAUCUUCACCUCCUCGUCGGAGGCCUUGAUACUCUCGUCCGCUGGGGCGAGUGGGAUUCGAGCGCAGCCUAUAGUCGCCGAAGCAGCCAUCGACAGCGCGGCAAACCACGAUGCCUUGAUUCCAGAUUCAAACACAAAUCUCAUGGCCCAGAGAACGAUCAUCCCGGUUGCGACACACGAUCUGUACGAUCUUCAGCCAUACACCUCCGUAACCCUUGUCACCGGCGUCUUUGCCAUGACACGCCCUUGCGAGGGGAAAUCCUUGCGAGAUCGAUGGAUGGAUGGGCCGUACUUCGGCAAGAGGGAAGGCGAUCACAUUGUCAUAGAAUAG